CACCAGCAUUUCCUCCUCCUAGGUCGUCGAAACAACAAACCGAACUACGGAGCGAGCGGGGUGAGAACGUCCCAAACUGCCUCUGACCGCGACUUUUAAACUCUUUUUUAAACAGAUUUCCAGCGGGUUGGAGGGAGAAACUGUCCAGGAAUAAUAAAAGUUACGAUUGUGCCCCAACAACACAGUACAACAAGGUCACAUGCAACCCCCCCUAUCUCUUUUUUUGCGAAGAAUCUCAAGUCAGUUGUAAAGUUGACGUUAACCAGAAGAUGUUACAGAAAUGAUAGCAGCACCAGAAAUACCACCAGAGUUCGCCUACCCUCAGGACACCGAUACCAGAUUCUCCUCAGACACAGACUUCUCUGAGGAUCUUGAUGGCAGAGGUGGAAUUCCAGCUAAAGGAAAGGGUGGAAAGAAAGGGAAGAAGGCGGCGGGGGAGAAAGGCAAAGGCGGGAAGGGCGCAGGCCGCAUAAAUGGCCACCACCAAGAGAACGGCAUGGAGAACAUGAUGCUGUUCGAGGUGGUGAAAGUGGGCAGGAGUGCAAUGCAGUCUGUUGUUGAUGAAUGGAUCGAGUCUUACAAACACGACAGAGAUGUUGCUCUGCUAGAUCUCAUCAAUUUCUUCAUCCAGUGCUCAGGGUGUAAAGGGGUGGUGAGUGGAGAAAUGUUUCGCAACAUGCAGAACUCUGAGAUCAUCCGACGAAUGACGGAGGAAUUUGAUGAGGACAGCGGUGACUACCCUCUAACCAUAGCUGGGCCCCAGUGGAAGAAGUUCAAAACCAGCUUUUGUGAAUUCAUUUCUGUGCUAGUGCGUCAGUGUCAGUACAGCAUCAUCUACGACGAGUACAUGAUGGACACGGUCAUCUCCCUCCUCACUGGACUAUCAGAUUCACAAGUCCGAGCCUUCAGACACACCUCAACGCUGGCAGCCAUGAAGCUGAUGACAGCCCUGGUGAAUGUAGCUCUAAACCUGAGCAUUAAUAUGGACAACACCCAGCGCCAGUAUGACGCAGAGAGGAAUAAAAUGGUUGCUAAAAGAGCCAACGACAGGCUGGAGCUUCUCCUCCAAAAGCGUAAAGAGCUCCAAGAGAAUCAGGAUGAAAUUGAGAACAUGAUGAAUGCAAUUUUCAAAGGAGUGUUUGUUCAUCGAUACCGAGACUCUAUAGCGGAAAUCAGAGCCAUCUGCAUAGAGGAGAUCGGCGUGUGGAUGAAACUGUACAGCGAUGCCUUCCUCAACGACAGCUAUCUGAAGUAUGUGGGUUGGACCAUGCAUGAUAAGCAAGGAGAGGUACGUCUCAAGUGUCUGACAGCUCUGCAGGGCCUCUACCACAACAGAGAGCUGAAUGCAAGACUGGAGCUCUUCACCAGCCGCUUUAAGGACCGGAUUGUCUCCAUGACUCUUGACAAGGAAUACGAUGUUGCCGUACAAGCAAUUAAACUGCUGACGCUAGUCUUAAAUAGUACAGAUGAGGUGUUGACGCCCGAGGACUGCGAGAGCGUCUAUCACUUGGUCUACUCGGCACACCGGCCGGUUGCUAUUGCAGCUGGAGAAUUCCUCUACAAGAAAUUGUUCAGUCAGCGAGAACCAGAGGAGGAAGGUGCCCCUAAAAGAAGAGGCAGACAAAGUCCUAACGCCAACCUCAUCAAGACCACUGUCUUUUUCUUCCUGGAGAGUGAGCUCCAUGAGCACGCAGCUUACCUGGUAGACUCCCUCUGGGAAUGUGGUGCAGAGCUACUGAAAGACUGGGAGUGUAUGAUCAGCUUACUGCUGGACGACCCCAUGCCAGGAGAGGAAGCUCUUACAGACAGACAGGAGACAGCUUUGAUUGAGAUCAUGCUGUGCACUGUGCGUCAGGCUGCUGAAUGCCAUCCGCCUGUUGGGAGAGGAACGGGAAAGAGGGUAAUGACGGCGAAAGAGAAGAAGACCCAGCUGGACGAUCGGACACGAAUCACUGAACUGUUCGCUGUAGCUCUACCGCCUCUUCUGGCCAAGUACGCUGUUGAUGCAGAGAAGGUGACCAACCUGUUACAGCUGCCUCAGUACUUUGACCUGGAGAUUUACACCACAGGACGUCUGGAGAAGCACCUGGAGGCCCUGCUGCGUCAGAUAAAGGAGAUAGUGGAGAAGCACACAGACACUGAAGUUUUGGAGUCCUGCUCCAAGACGUACCACGCCCUCUGCAACGAGGAGUUCACCAUCUUCAACAGGGUAGACAUCGCUCGCUCCCAGCUGCUGGACGAGCUGGUGGACAAGUUCAGCCGGCUACUGGAGGACUUUCUACAAGAGGGUGAGGAUGCCGAUGAAGAUGAUGCUUAUCAGGUUUUGUCGACUCUGAAGAGGAUCACAGCGUUUCACAAUGCCCACGACCUGUCAGGGUGGGACCUGUUUACCAGCAACUUCAAGCUACUCAACACGGGUAUAGAGAACGGAGAUAUGCCUGAACAGAUAGUCAUCCAUUCGCUGCAGUGCACUCACUACGUCAUCCUGUGGCAGCUGGCUAAGUUGUCCGAGGGCAGUUCAAGAAAGGAUGACAUGGUCAAUCUUCGGAAGCAGAUGAGGGCGUUUUGUAUGAUGUGCCAGCGCUACCUCACAAACGUCAACACGGCCGUCAAGGAACAGGCGUUCACCAUCCUGUGCGACCUUCUGCUCAUCUUCAGUCAUCAGAUGGUCUCAGGAGGCAGAGAACAUCUGGAGCCUCUGGUCUAUUCUCCAGAGGAUUCCUUACAGUCCGAGCUGCUUUCCUUCAUCCUCAACCACGUCUUCAUAGACCAGGACGACGACACUAACAGCACUGACGGCCAGCAGGAUGAUGAGGCAGUGAAGAUCGAAGCUCUGCACAAGAGGAGGAACCUCCUGGCUGCCUACUGUAAGCUCAUCAUCUACUGCGUGGUGGAAAUGAGGACUGGAGCGGACAUUUUCAAGCAGUACAUGAGGUAUUACAAUGAUUAUGGUGACAUCAUCAAGGAGACCAUGAGUAAGACGAGACAAAUCGACAAGAUCCAGUGUGCCAAGACGCUGAUCCUCAGUCUGCAGCAGCUGUUCAAUGAAAUGCUGUCAGAACUGGGUCACGGGUUCGACCGCUCCUCCUCCUCCUUCUGUGGGAUCAAAGAGCUGGCCCGUCGCUUCUCUCUGACCUUCGGUUUGGAUCAAGUGAAAACCAGGGACGCCAUCGCCAUGCUCCACAAGGAUGGGAUCGAGUUUGCAUUUAAGGAGCCGAGUCCUCAGGGGGAGGGAGGACCUCCCCUUAACUUGGCGUUCUUGGACAUCCUCAGCGAGUUCUCCUCCAAGCUGAUGAGACAGGACAAAAGGACCGUCCACAUGUACCUGGAGCGCUUCAUGACGUUCCAGAUGGCUCUGCAGCGUGAGGACUGCUGGCUGCCGCUCAUUUCCUACAGGAACUCGCUGCAGGCGGGCGGCGAUGACGACACCAUGUCUGUGAUGAGUGGCUACUCCAGCCGAGGCUCCUCGGUCCGCUCCAAGAAAGCGAAGCCGCCUGCGGUUACAGCCGGAACGUCGGCAGUGAAGAGGAAACUUCCGGAAGAGGAGAGCAGCAGCGGCGAGGUCUGGCAGCAGAGCAUUCAGACCCCCGUCAUGAUGCCGUCCCCUCAUCUCACCUCCACUGCCAUGCGGGACCCUAAGAGGGGUCGUGAUGACAGCUUCAUGGGGGUCUACGCUCUUCCUCAUGAGCAGCAGCCGCCGCCCCACCCUCACGCGCACCAACAGCAUCAUCCGCAGACGCCUCAGCACCACCAGACACCCAUGGACUACAAUUCCCAGGUGACGUGGAUGUUGGCUCAGAGGCAGCAGGAAGAGGCGCGCCAGCAGCAGGAAAGAGCCAUGAACUACGUGAAGCUCAGGACCAAUCUGCAGCACGCUAUUCGUCGGGGCACCGGGCUCAUGGAGGAAGACGAGGAGCCGAUCGUGGAGGAUGUGAUGAUGUCGUCGGAGGGUCGGAUGGACGACCUCAAUGAAGGCAUGGACUUUGACACCAUGGACAUUGAUCUGCCGCCGUCUAAGAAUCGCCGCGAGAGGUCUGAGCUCAAGCCGGACUACUUUGACCCUGCUUCAAUUAUGGACGAAUCGGUCCUCGGAGUGUCCAUGUUUUAAGCUAAACUCCAGAGGAUUUCCGAGGCUGGGAUUGCAGAAGAGGCGCUUUGUAUUUAAAGAGAAUUAUUAGAUGCAAAAACAGAAAUGUUUUCUGUAAGAAAAUAAAAAUAAAACAAGAAAAAAAAAAACACACAUUCUGGCUUGUACUCCACGUGGACCAAUGACAACCCACACUCAGUGUUGCUUGCUCAGAGAGGACUUUGUUUCAGAAAAACUUUACUUUUCUAAUGUUGGGUGAGCUCUUCCUGUUCCAAGCUAGCAUAAACAGGCCACUUCCAAAACCUAUUAGACGCAUCGGAAGAAAAAUCUAUAGCUUUUCUUCUUCUUCCUUCUUUUUUAAAAAACAUGGGGAUGAAUUGGUGUGUUUUAACUUAAGAAACCUUUUUUUUUUAUGUCUAACCCUUUUUACAAUUGUAGUAAGUUACCAGGUGUGAAGUAGUAAUUUAUAAACAGACUGUAGUAGCUUGCUUGUACUGUGUUAGCCAAGUGGAUGGAGGUCUUUCUUUUUGUGCUUUUUUUUUUUCCUCCCCUGUUUUUGUUAAUAAGUUUGUUCUCCUCUAUUGGCUUUGGGUUUUUUUCUCCCUGUUGGCUCUGAGUGGAGGUCCUGAUAACCACUGGUGGUUAAAACGUCGCCUAGAAUGGCUCUAGAUCCCGUUAUGCUGUGAAGUCCGGCUCAUGUUACUCCCUAAUGAACAAUCAGAGGUUUGGAAACGACGCAUCUUCUCCAGCAUUUAAGGUUUAUUCAACAAAACUCCCCUUUCCUCCCCAAAUUCCCACAGCAUAAUGUUAAAAAUAUCUGCGAUUUAAAUAAAAGUUAUAUAUGAAUCGGUGCUGAUUUUUAUAUAUGUGCUUUUCUUUUUUUUUUUUUUUUUUCAAUCUUAAGUCAGAAAGUUUGAGAAAUGUAUAAGUAAAACUUAAAAAAAAAAAUGAAAGCAUGUGCAGCCAUGCAUCAAGGAAGAUUUUUAAAUUUGUAUUUUUAAGUUCCUAUUCUUAUUUUUUUCUCUUCUUUGUCUUGAUACCGUCUUUGAAUUUCUACCUUUUUUCCUACGUGUAAAUUAGUUUGGAUAUAACUAAUGAAAAAGAACUUGUGAAAUUCAGCUUUAAGAAUUUUUUCUCGGCAUUGAAAACUCCUGUCACUAAUAAAACAACAUAAAAAAGAAUAAAAAAAAAAAGCUUUUAGAUUUCCAAAUGUUUGAAAGCCUGUAAGGUUAGUCACUCAGACAGUACUGAAGUCCCACGUUAUUCAGCAGCGCCGUGGCAGCUAGACGAAAAGCUCGGCUUUUGACGUGUCACAAGUUUCCUGAAAUGUUUUGUCUACUGAGGUCUUUUAUUUUGUAGUCAUUCCAUGCUUAAGCCUUAACAACAUGCUCGUGGAGGUCGCCCUCUCUCACAGUAAUCUUCCAUGUCCGAGGUGGAUAAUUGGCUCUUAGAACAUGAAAUAUGAGGUGGUCGGAUGUAAUGUGAUAAAGUAGAUAAACAGCCUAUAUGUGUUUUUUGCCUAAUUAUUUUAUGUAAGUAAACAAAAAUUCUUUUAAGGAAAAAAAAAAAAAGUACUGUUUAUUGUUUGUUACUUACCACUACAUCGGUAUAAAUCCUUAUUAGAUCAUGUGUAUAUAUAUAAAACGUCAUUUCUCUCCUUGCUUUUGGACAUUUCUGUUUUAUUCUCCUGCACUCUUGAGUUAUUGUCCAUUAUCUCCCUCAUCUUUUCAGUCACUCUGUUUUCUGAUUUGUACUUGUCUGGAGACAGUAACUUUUGAAAUAAAAAUCAACACAUUU